UGAUGGUCUCCGAUUUCAGUAUCCCGGAGGAUCGGGCACCUCCCAGUACAGGCUCCUGCUCGAAGGACCUGUUGGUAGAGCAUGGUUUCUGGGGGAACGCUUUCUGCGUCAGGUAUGGGGGUAUACUUCUCAGGACCCUCCCGCAGCACCCCCAGUCAGUAUGCGGACUGCUGAUAGGCUCUCCCACCAGGAUGUAGUCGGUGCUAUGCUGGGUAGUGAUGCUUUGCUGCACCUCGAGGAGGGGGACUACGCCACUUACCGUCAUACAUAUUUGAUGCCUCCAUUGACAGGAGUUCGCACCCCGAUGACGAGGUCUGCUGGUACGUCAUCCUCGGGCCAGGCCCGGGCUCGGGCUGCAGACGCCCCUUCUACUAGUAGGGCUGGUACAUCGAGAGGUGGGGGUAGAUCGGUUCCUCCGACUCCUCCGACUUAUCCUCAUCCUGGAUGGCCGGACAUGCCGUCCGAGUUGACGGGAUGGCGUUUUGGGACUCCUUACCCGAUUCCGCUAGAGCCUCCACUUCCUGACCAUAGAUAUGUCAGGGAUCCUGAUUCACCACCGCCUCCGGUUGAGUAUGUGGACGAGAUGCUCGGGGUGAUGGCCGCACUUGAGGGCAUGGUCCUUCGGAGAGAGACACACUUAUCCGUUAUGGGUGUGCAGAUGCCUCCU